AUGUCCGAACGAAAGGUGUUGACCAAAUACUACCCCCCGGACUUUGAUCCGUCCAAACUCGAGCGCCGGCGAGGUCCCAAGCAGACCGGCCCCAAGCAGCAGGUCGUCCGUCUGAUGGCACCCUUUAGUAUGAAGUGCACAUCUUGCGGAGAAUACAUCUACAAAGGGCGAAAGUUCAACGCACGCAAAGAGACCACCGAUGAGAAAUACUACGCCAUCACCAUCUUCCGCUUCUACAUCCGAUGCACAAGAUGCUCCGCCGAGAUCACCUUCAAGACCGAUCCCAAGAACAUGGACUACACCUGCGAGAAGGGAGCGAAGCGGAAUUUCGAGGUCUGGCGUGAGGACAAACUCGCUGAGGAGACCGAGGAGGAGCGUUUGGACCGGCUGGAGAAGGAAGAAGAGGAGCGUGACGCAAUGAAAGAAUUCGAACAAAAGAAACUUGACGCGCAGACCGAGAUGGCCAUCGCAGACGCUCUGGACGAUGUUCGAUAUAGGAAUGCUGCUCGCGAAAAGGUCGAUCAGGAUGUCGCGCUGAGUUCUGUUGCUGCGCCUGGUGCGCGAGAAGAAGAGGAGGCUCAAAUCGAGCGCGAAUUAGAAGAGCAAGCGAGGAUGGCGUUUCAGAGCGCCACGGGUGAAAAGGUCCGUCGUAUCGCCGAGGACGACUUCGAGGAAGCACCUCCAGCGACAGGCUCGACGACAGAGACCGCAGAUAGCCUUGCCAUGCCUCCACCAGCAAAGCCAACAUUCCAAAGACAGAUCAAAAAGAAGAAGGACCUUUCGGCCGCUCUAGGUAUCAAGAAAAAGCCUACACUGGUAUGA